UGGUGCCAGCAAAUGAACAUCGAAUAAAAUCAAUUUUCCUUCCGAAUAGAUUAAUUGUACGACAUUUACUCGUACAUAGAGAUACACACUUGUAUGAUUUUUUACCGCGUUGUACUAUCAUCGAUGCACUCACCUGCCAGAAAUACACCAGUAGAAAAAUUUUCAGUAUACUCUCGACCAUACUAGUGUGGAAGAGGUACCUCGCGAACGCUUCGAACUCGAGUUGUGUGUAUCAUCUGUUGGUUUUUUUUUUACAUCGAAAAAGGCAAAAUGUUUCGAAAGUUUUCAAAGAUUUUUUUCAAUUGUUUUAAGAACUUGUUGAUGUGAUUUUUUUUCACUUAUUGAAUUCAUCCUCCAUAAUUGUCAAAGACAGUUGCGAAAUUCCUUAGAGAGUAAACGCGUAUUGAAACCUUCCUAGCUCGCAAAGACAGACAAAAUGGACUCCAUGGUAGCAAAUCCGGAAAAGAAAUUAUCCCACAGGGUGUUGAUAAGUUAUGGAUUUGGUCACAUUCUCAACGAUCUAACGGCUUCCAUGUGGUUCUCGUAUUUGCUGAUAUUUUUCCAUUACGUGUUAAACUUCACCAGUUCCUUCAGUGGUAUUUUACUGCUUAUUGGACAAAUCGCCGAUGGGAUUGCGACACCGAUUAUUGGAAUUUUAUCAGAUAAAGGAGCCGGACACUGGUUGUGUAGGUACGGACAUCGCAAAACGUGGCAUUUAAUUGGAACUUUAUGCGUGAUUUCAUCGUUUCCCUUCAUCUUCUCGCCAUGUUUUGGAUUCCGAGACGUGAGCAACGAACGCAAGAUAUGUUAUUAUUCCAUUUUCAUAAUAAUAUUCCAAUUUGGAUGGGCAUCGGUUCAAGUGUCUCAUCUGUCGUUAGUUCCAGAUUUAACUCCUAGUCAAAGCGAACGCACCAAUUUGUUGACAAUAAGAUAUUCCUGUACAGUUCUUGCAAACAUAGUAACCCAUCUAUUCACAUGGUUGAUGUUCCUGAGAAAUGGCAAAAGUGAAGCUGUGGUUGGUUCCGCAGAUGGGCAAAAGUUCCAGACUAUAGCUUUAUUCGCAGCAGGAGUUGGAUUCGUUUGUUCAUUAAUAUUUCAUCUCGGAAUUGAAGAAAAAACCGGCGAAACUUUACUGGAGAAAAACGACAACUUUAAAGAUAUUAAUAAGAAGAAAGUUCUCAGCCAGUUAACUUUAUACCACAGUAUGGCAGUUUACAUGAUGACUCAGCUGUUCGUCAAUCAGAGUCAAGUGUUUAUACCAUUAUAUUUAGAAGAAUAUUUACACAUCGAAGCCCAAAGAUUACCAGUGCUUCCAUUAAUCAUGUACAUCAGUAGUUCCUUGACAUCAGUAUUAACAAAAUCUUUGAAUAAUAACUGCGGCAGACGGCCAGCAUAUUUUACCGGCGCGUUGCUAGCAAUUUUGGCUUGUGUUCCUAUAUAUUUCGGCCAAGAUGCGUUUUACAAGGCGUAUAUGAUUUACAUUGUGGUCAUAUUGUUUGGAUGUGCAAGUUCUAUUGUAUCAGUUACCAGUUUGGGAAUAACUGCAGAUCUGAUUGGUGAUCACACAAAACACGGCGCAUUUGUUUAUGGCAUGAUGAGUUUUGGAGAUAAAAUUUCAAAUGGUGUUGCCGUUAUGAUUAUUCAAUACUUGAAACACUACAAUACUGCAUCGAGUUACUACAGGGAUAUAUUGCUGGGUAUGUGCGGUGGUUCUGCAGUCGUUGGUCUCAUAUUCGUUAUAUUUUUACCGAGUAAUUUUGAACUAUUCAAAAAAGAACGACAGCUCAGCGGGAAAAAUAAUGUCAUGAUGGUGUAUUGUUUGGAAAAUGAAACAAACAAAGCCAAACCAGAAACGUCAUCGUGAAGCAACUGUUUGUUUUUUUUAAAAAAAAAAUAGGUAUAUCAAAUCUGCGCCAUGAUUUCAUCGCUUAUAAGCUUUCAUAAUCAUUUUCUCAUCAUCGAUGCAACCUGAUUCUGCUAAAUGGACAAGAAGACUAACUACGAGUGACUGAGAUUAUGAAAAAAUUACUAUUUUUGUAUACAUUUGUAAUGCAUUUAUAUUUUUGUAUAUCUAGUAUCCGCAUCUUGGUCAAUUUUGACCUUAUAAAUGAACCAAUGUAUGUGAGGAAUUUAGAACAGAAAUGGGAGAACGACAGGUAGAAAGCAAUUUAAAAUGUUGUUCUCGAUUUUGCUGAGUUAAAAAAAAAACAUGUUGAAAAAAAAGAACCUUAUCAGUGAUCCUUCUGACAAGUUUCUGAUAACUUAUUUUUUUCGUUGAAUUGAUUGACAAGAAAAAAUCAUGUUCGAGGGAACGUUUCAUAUUUCAUAUUGAUAAAAAGAAAAUUUAUCCUGAUUACAAAAACAAGAAAAUGAACAAUAGGUAAAGAUUUAAUUUCAAUUUUACUUUUUCACGUUUCUAGGAAAAAAAUAUUUUAUACAAAAUAAAAAUUAAAAAAUUAAUUUGAAUUUCACUAAGUAAUUCUUAUAGUGCUAUUUUGUCAAUCACAUGAACAAUAUGGAAGAUAAGUACUUUUCAACAAUCAAAAAAAAAAAGUUGAAACUAACUUCUAUCUAUUCUUCAAAAAAGUUUGAUGCUCAGCAUUUUGUGAUGGUGUUUUUUAUUAUGUAUUUGUACCAAUAAAGGCAACGGAAGUGAGCUAAAUGACAAUGAUACUCGCCCAUGAUACAUCUCUGAUGUCGAUGAAUUUUGUAAAUUCAUCGAAUUUGCCAUUGAUUUUGUUAUUUAUUAUUUCAUAAGAGUGAACGUAAUGAACCCACCUUUUUUUUUUUUAAAUCUUCUAUUUAUUACUUAGGUAUGUAUGUACCUACUUUUUGUUUAGUAAUAAGUUUUCAUCUAAGCAAUUUUGUGAUUUAUAUUUUGGUAAUUUUUUCAAUUAUAAACCAACGAUUCAAUCACCAA